AUGCAAGUCGGCGUCAGUGUCGGCACUUUUUCCGCGGUACUGUUACAUCCAACCUCCUUCAAGGACAGUUGGCAAACGUCAUAUAUCCUCAUCGAAUCCAUGUGGAUACGAUGUCACCUGAUACGACGGCGGCAAAAUUGCCCGUCUCAUCAACCAAAUUCGGAAAAAGAAGUGUGCACCAACGAAUCAUUGCAAGAGUCAGUUGCAAUGCCGUUGGCCCAGGGCUUGUCGGCAGCAAGCCACUUACCACGCCAAAGCAUGCACAACGGGUGCGGAGAGCUACACAAGGCGCUCUGUGGAGAGCCCCCAGCCGUCGAGAUGUUUUCCAAGUUCCCUAAGAUCUAUAAUGUCUAUUUCCUGGCGUGUAUCGCCACUAUGGGAGGCAUGUUGUUUGGUUUCGAUAUUUCGUCGAUGAGUGCCAUCAUCAGCACAGACCAAUACAUAGAAUACUUCGACAAUCCAGCUGGAGUCGUUCAAGGAGCUAUUGGUGCUGCACUGGCUGCCGGCUCUGUUGUUGGCUCAAUCAUCGCUGGGCCCGUUUCUGACAAAUUUGGACGACGCGACGCCCUUGUGUUUGCUUGUUCGUUUUGGAUUAUCGGAACAGUUCUACAGAUUGCUGUAAAUGGUCGUGGCAUGCUUAUUGCUGGUCGUGUUCUAAACGGCAUCACCGUUGGCAUCACCUCGUCUCAAGUGCCAGUAUACCUCGCAGAGAUCUCCAAACAUUCUCAGCGUGGAGCCAUCAUCAUCAUUCAACAGCUUGCAAUUGAGUGGGGUAUCCUCAUUAUGUUUUUCAUCGGUUACGGGUGCUCCUUCAUUCCCGGUGAAACUGCGUCUUUCCGCACAGCCUGGGGAAUGCAACUCGUACCUUGUGUCCUCUUUCUCAUUGGCCUCCCAUUUCUCCCCGAAUCGCCUCGUUGGUUCGCAAAAGUCGAUCGGACGGAGGAAGCCAUCUUCACCCUCGCCAAGAUUCAGGCUGACGGCGAUCUCACGGAUCCCUAUGUUAUCGCCGAAUAUGAGGAGAUCAUCACCGUUCUUACCGCUGAACGUCUAGCUCCCCGGAGCUGGAGGAAGUUUGUUUACAACGGGAUGUGGAGGCGAACGCUGGCUGGAUUCUCUGUGCAAGCUUGGCAACAGUUGUCUGGCGCAAAUGUCAUGACAUACUACGUAGUCUACAUUUUCGCAAUGGCAGGCUUGCAGGGAAACAUCAAGCUCAUCUCCUCGGGUGUGCAAUACGCGCUGUUCAUCAUCUUCUCGUCAAUCAUGUUCUUCUUUGUUGACAAGAUUGGCCGUCGAACACUCUUGGUAUGGGGCGCCAUCACCAUGGGCAUUUGCCAUUUUGUUGUUGGUGGCCUGCUUGGUGCAAACUACACAUACGUUCCGGAGGGUGUUCAGGGAGAUAAAAACGUCGUCAUGCUCGUCCGUGGCGCUCCUGCGAAUACCGUCAUUGCUUUCUCCUACCUUUUAAUAAUCAUCUACGCCCUGACGCUUGCCCCAAUUUGCUGGGUAUAUGCCGCCGAGGUGUGGUCCUUGGAGACCCGAGCUUGGGGCAUGGGUAUAGCGGCCAUUGGAAAUUGGCUGUUCAACUUUGCCAUUGGUCUAUUCAUCCCACCUGCCUUUCUAAACAUCAAAUGGGGCCUGUUCAUCGUCUUCGGUGUACUCUGUCUCCUGGCAGCCGCCCAAUUCUUCCUCACCUACCCCGAGGCAAGUUGCCAUGCAAUCGGAUUCGACCAGGGUCCUUAUGCCUGGAAGACGAAGAAGGGUAGCGCUCAUCUUGAUGAGGACGUUAAUGCUAUUUCUACGGCGCAGGCUAAGGGCGAGGCGCGGGCUAGCAUUGAGAGAAUCGCUGAGAAGCAUAAGAGCGUUUCUGAUGUUAAGACUGAGAAUGUCUGA